CCCUUCGGAAUUCUAUCAAGUGGCUAGACAAGGACACUGUGCUCGGUAUGACUCCAGACUGUUUUAAGCCAAAAUAUGAAAACGUGAGGGUCAUCAUCGAUUGCACUGAAUUUCCAAUUGAAGUUCCAUCGAGAGUCGAUCAUCGUGUUUUCACUUACUCUCAUUAUAAAAAGGGCUUUACUGCAAAAGUUCUCAUUGGGUGCUCGCCAAGUGGUCUCAUCACAUUUGUAUCCCCAUGUGCUGGAGGGAGAAAGAGUGAUUCCCAAAUUACUUUGGAAAGUAGAUUAUUAAAUCUUCUGGAGGAUGGAGAUGAAGUUCUCGCAGACAAGGGCUUUCCCGAAAUAAGGACAAGAAUUGCAGAGAGUGGAAAAAGUGUUCUUGUUGUGAUGCCACCUUUUUUAUCCAGCCAUGAAUUUACCCAAAAAGAAACAGAAGAAACUAGCAGCAUAGCAAACAAAAUGAACUUAGUUACUAAAACCCUUCCAACUGAGUUGACAGACUUCUUUGAAGGUGCAACUGUGAGUGAUAAAUAA